AUGAUCCCCAAACCCAACAAACCCCUUCGCAUCGAAAACCUCCACCCCAUUUUCCUCCCAUCCUGCGUGCGCAGACUCCUCGAGCACAUGGUGCACGACCGGUUAACACCAUACCUCGAGGACAACGGACACUUGCCGCACACCAUGUUCGGAUUCCGACAGCAUCUGUCCACGCAGGACCUACUCCUGCUCCUCAAAGAAAACUUGCUUGGUUACCUCGAUCACAGACGAAAAUUGUCAAUCCUGGCAAUCGACGUAAAGCGCACAUUCGACAACGUGAGCCCCAAAGUCAUUCUCCGCCACAUCGAAGUUGCAGGCUGGGGAGCCCGGAUCUACAACUACCAUCAGCUUUUUGACACACUGAACAGCAACAGUAGGCGUCUGCAACCUCCGCAGCGAUAA